AUGAAACUCGUGCUUGGAUCACGACAUGCCCUGCUCGUCGCGAGUAGACCAAUGACAGCACCUUCGUGGUACAAAGAACACCGGCAACUGAGAAAGGAGGUGGACAGCAGUGCUGGUGAUGGCGACUUGGCGGACGUGCUGCACCAAGGUGGCCUUCGAUCAUCUGUGUGUCCUCUGUCGCAGCAGACUGCCCUGCCUCGAUUCUACCAUGCACAUCACUGGAGCAAAUGCACGUCUGGUGGGAACUGUGGUGCUGUCAAGCUGCCGAGGCUGAACACUCGCAAAUGCUUGGAGGCGAACGAGGAGGUGGCAAUGCAGGUCCAACGGUCUGCCAGGUCCCUCAACCCGACGUGUCUGUCAUACAAGCUCGUGAAUGAGUGGAAUGGGACGAUGUGUCGUGGUGGCCUCAGUCGGUAG